ACUACGGGACGCGCGCUGGGGGAUCCGAUGACGUCACGAUCACGUUGACAAACGCGCACGCAAACGCCAGCCACUUCUUCCUCUCCUCCUCACUCAUGCGCUCACGCUGCGUUUCUAUUCUGGGAAGCGGCGCUAGGAAUAACCCUGUCUGUCCCCCUCCCGCCGGUCGCGAAGCCCCAGCCGAAGCGGACUUACUCACUUUCAUCUCUUCCUGAAGCAAAGGCGCGUAGCAUUCGACUCUUACAUCUGGCUUUUGCACGUGUUUUUCGCGAGUUGUUGUUAACAUAAUUCACAAUUCGAAUUAAUGUUACGCUUUGUAUCCGGUCUGAGCAGGAAGCGAUACUGGCGUUUACAUAAGGAGGUUGACAUUCGUUUGGAAUGUUGUGGACGUUCUGCGGAUUUGAACCGUUUUUUUGAUUGCAGAUGGUGAAGAUUGCGUAAUAUCCUGAGGAAUUUGGCUGGUGCGAGAAAACGAAAUAUAGCGAAACGUGGAAAGCGGUGUGUGAGGAGGGUGUGUACCUGGAUUAAAUUACCAUUCCCAGGACUGUCAUACGAAGAAUCUUAGGUGAGCGGUCCGCAUAAUCUCUGCACCCUGGCCAGGAUAUCCUUUCUGUCACCACAUUGCCCAGCCGUUGCCCUCCUAACCCAUCUGACCAUAGAGGUACCAGCUUGAAAAAAAAACCUGAGAUCACGAACCUGCCUGGGCGGCAUUCUCUCGAGGUGAACCUUCCGGUACUGAAGAAUCACUGGACAUCAAACAGAAGAUACAUUUGAACAAAAUAAGAAAGUGAAUGGACUGCAGUAUGCUGAACUAAUAAGUGAUGGAUAUAUAAUGGCCUGAUUCACAGAAGGACAUAUUUUAAUGCAAGAGCAACACUUUUGCAAAAUGGAAGUGGACGGACCUUUUAUUUAGGAGUCACUCAUCUGGCAUGACAGCCUACAUGAAUACAAUUUAGCAAAACACCACCUUAAGCAAUCCCAUUCAAGUACUUAAAAAAAUGGAGCCACGUGAAACUGUCGUUGGCCAAAAGUGCACCAAGGAUCAACGGGAAAAGAACCCCUUACAAAGAAAAUGGGCAUCUGAGCCUUCCGCUGGAACAAAAAGGAGUACUUUUGCAGAUCCAGAUGUUAAAAGACAUUCACAUCGGGAGCAAAGUCUUACUAGUGGGUCAAGCCUUGCCAGCUCAACUCAAAAGUUUAGCUCUGGAAAGCUACUGUCAUCUGCAGUGAAACAGUCAUCGCAAGAAAAUCAGUUUCAACAGGUCUUCCCUCUGCCUUACCCUUACCAGAUGCCACAUUCAUACCCACAGGAGCCUUUCCUGGGCGGUACAAAGCCACAACCCGUGUUAGAGGCUCAUGGGUGGCCCUUCUCUGGUCAACUACAAUCUCUGCCACCAGAUGAUAUGUUUUCUGUUCACUCCCAUUCACAUGGAGUCUAUCCUCGUCAGAAGUCCCCAUGUGCUUUUGGCCAGUUUUCCCAAUCGGGAACUGAGCAGCCAGAUGAAAUUCAUAAGAAGGAGCAAAAACCAAAGAAGCCAGGAAAAUACAUAUGUCACUACUGUGGAAGGGCAUGUGCUAAACCCAGUGUGCUUAAAAAACACAUCCGGUCUCACACAGGGGAGCGUCCCUAUCCUUGUGUUCCAUGUGGCUUCUCAUUCAAAACCAAGAGCAAUCUGUAUAAACAUAGAAAAUCUCAUGCCCAUGCCAUCAAAGCAGGACUUGUUCCAUUCUCAGAGCUAGCGACUCGAACAGAUACCGAUCAAGCGUCUUCUGUUGGAGAAGCAGAGGCACAUUCUGAUGGUGAACAAAGCACUGACACUGAUGAAGAAACUGCAGAAGGUACAAUAUUUCAUGAAAACCGUAGCCCACAAAUAUCCUUAGAGUCUGAUAAAAGCCCAAUGGAAAGGGGGCCAGCAUAUGCCGAUCCAGCAGAGGAACUGUCAGUGGCAUCUAUGAAAGUGCCUAUACUAAUUGUUCCAAAACAAGGGGUACCCUUAACCGCCAUUGAGUGUCCGCAGUUCACAGAUAUUAAAGGAUCACUUAUUGCCGGACAGAUGUGCAGAGUAGAUGAGUCUCAUACUGUCAAACAAAAACUUGCCUUAAGACUCACUGAGAAAAAGGACCAGGAUUCAGAGCCGUCUCAAAAUCUCCUGAGCCCACACAGCAAAGGCAGCACUGAUUCUGGUUAUUUUUCCCGUUCAGAAAGUGCUGAACAGCAGAUCAGUCCACCUAACACCAAUGCAAAGUCAUAUGAGGAAAUAAUGUUUGGAAGAACUUGGCCCCACAAAACCAACUCUAGACAAUCUAGACAAUCAGUCACAGUUGGGAUGGCAGCUAUUGCCUGUCACGACACUAAAAUCAAUAUCAACAAGUCUAGUGCCAUGCUGGAGUCGGCCAUGGAAAAGAUAUCAGAGGGUCAUGUAUUUUAUCGAAGCGAUUUUUUGGAAUCGCAAUUAGUUUCAGGUUGUGACCCAAAACAGUAUCAUCCCGGCUCUUGCCAAACAAAUCCAGGUCUUUUAGAAGCCCCCUCUGAAUCAGGGACACUUAUUAGGAGUAACUCAAUGCCAACACCUUCCCCUACAAACCUCAAUGUCCCACCAAGUCUGCGAGGGAGUCACUCGUUUGAUGAGAUGAUGACUCAAGAUGAUGUUUUUUACACUGCUGGUCUGAAGAGGUUAAGGAGACAGGCUGCUUUUGAACACUCAGUCCAAGAAGGGCAUGGAGAAUCAGAGAACUACGGAAAGAUCCCAGGUACAAGAAUGGGAGAAAGGGGACAUUAUUUGCCAGAAUUCAAAGGCUCCGGGUCAGAACUUGCUUGUCCAGAGGUGCGCACAACAUACGGCUCAUAUGGUACAAAGGUGGGAAUGACAGAGCCUACCACGAGAAAACGGCGAAUGAAAAAGAGUGUAGGUGAAGAGGAAGAUUGUCUCGGACAGGAUGAUGGUAGUCGGAGUGGCUCUGUUGAAAUGACCGGGGACUAUGAUUUGAGACAAGGAAGUCAAGAUUCUUCAAAAACUGCUUCUGCCAGUAAGGGCACUAUGUUUAGAGCUCAUAGCCCGUCAGACAGUUUUGACAGAGGCCACUGUAUGACUCCAGAGGAUGUGGUACUUGUUCAUGAUUCAGACACAAAGACUGCUGGUAAUGUUAUAUCUGUCAUUCAACAUACAAAUUCCCUUAGUAGGCCAAAUUCAUUUGAAAAGACUGAAUCAAUUGAACAUCCAUUUUAUCAGCCAGAUAAACCUGCCAGCCAUCUUUCUGAGCAAUCGGACACAGAAAACAUCGAAGAUAUGCACAGCACCGAUUCUCAUCAUAGAUCUGCAAGCAUGGAUCAUCAACAGCAGGGUGACAAUGAACAUGGAUCUUUGUCUUCUAACCAAUUGUAUCAUAUCCCGCAUAAACUUGUACGACAGCCCAACAUUCAAGUGCCUGAAAUUAGAGUUACAGAAGAGCCUGACAAACCGGAUAAAGAACCUGAGGUACAAGUGAAAGAACCAGAGAAACACGUUGAAGAAUUUCAGUGGCCACAAAGAAGUGAAACUCUUUCCCAGCUUCCGGCCGAAAAACUGCCCCCAAAGAAGAAGCGGCUGCGUCUUGCAGAUAUGGAGCACUCUUCAGGGGAGUCAAGCUUUGAGUCCACUUGCACUAGUCUUUCAAGAAGCCCUAGUCAAGAGAGCAAUUUAUCUCACAGCUCAAGCUUUUCUAUGUCAUUUGAUAGAGAGGAAGGCAUAAAACCAGUGUCUCCAACUAAGCAAGAAGAAUUCGGUCGGCAGUCUGAGUUCUUAACUGUUCCAGGCAGUGGCCAUUCUCUGUCCAUACCAGGCCAUCAUCAAAGAGAGAUGAGACGCUCUUCAUCAGAACAAGCACCCUGUGCUUUGCCCACUGAAGUACCAGAAAUUCGCAGUAAAUCUUUUGAUUAUGGCAGUCUAUCAUCUGGUUCCAGGCAAGGAGAAGUAUAUUCAAGUGCUUCAGGCAUGAAGGAGCGUAGACGUGGUUACCUCGUUCGACAGGCAUCCCUAAGUGUCUAUCCUGAAGUAGUGGUUCAAGAGCCAAACUCAGAAUUAAACAUCAAACAAGAGCAUUCUGAUCAUGUUCCUCAAGCUGCCUUGAUUGGUACAUCCUACUGCUCAAGCGGUGACUUAGCAAAAUCCAGAAGGGGUACACAGUCAGCUUAUGGAUCACGUCAUUUGCUGCAACAGAGCAUCAGUGAGGACAGCCAAUCAGAAGAUCAUUUCCAGAAUGCUCCCCGUUUGCCUGCGCAACUUUCAACUGAUAGUGAGCAUUCGGUGCAUGAGCAUAUGAGUCAAGACGUCAUACAGCACUCUACGCUCCAGAACAACUUGGCAUCCUCACCCUUCUUGCCAUUUCAGUUCUGGCAUCCUGAAUCAACACAAAGACACAAGCAUCAUCUGGCUUUUCAGACACAUCAGUUGCAGAAACUACAUAUCAAACAGCCCAUGUUGCAAAAACCACACCAAUCAACUCAUCAGGUGCAAGCAGACUCAAAAAUUGAUGGUGCUAACUAUCCAUAUCCUUCAAGAGCCUCCCCAAAGCAGCUUGGGGUUUUGUCAUCUAAAGUACUUACUACAAGCUACCUACAGCAAGUUCAACCUAUCUUUGCUACUCAAAAUGUAGGAUCACAGUCAUCACUCCCUGGAAUGCAGGUCCCAGUAAGGCUCCACACCAAUGUGCCAUCUUACGGUACUGUUAUGUACACAAGUGUUUCACAAAUCCUUGUCACUCAUGCUCAGAGUACAACUUCAGUCAGAGUUUUAUGCUCGGACCAUGUGUCUUCUGCUUCCCACAUGGGCACUGCAUCAAAGCAACAUGUAGGGAUUAAUUUAUCCAAAAUAUUGGGACAUUCAGAAGGAUCCUUACAUUUUCCCCAAUGGAAAGUUCCUGAAUAUUUACCUGGAACUAUUAACACAGGGAUCCCCCUGUCUUUGACGUCUGGAACUAUCUCUACCACAGAUGCAUCCUCUAGUAUCGGGGGAAGCAAGAGAAUGUUGUCACCAUCCAGCAGUCUUGAGCUCUUUAUUGAAACCAAACAACAGAAACGGGUCAAGGAAGAAAAGAUGUAUGGCCAGAUUGUGAAGGAGCUCAGUGCAGUUGAGCUGAGCAACUCCAGUGAUAUUGAUAAAUCCCCCAAAGCAGAGUUCUUAAACCGAGAUGACUCUGUAGACGAACAAGAGAGGAUGUCCUCAUCUCCACCCACUGAGUUUGUACCUUCUAAAUACAUUGGGUACCAAUCUGCACCUCAUUUACCUGACAUCCCACCAAAAGAUAACUUCAUCCCACCCUUGCAAAUUAUAACAAAUGUAGCCAAAAGAGCAGAUUCCCCAGAAGAGCUUGAGGUAGAUGAGUCUACUCCAGAUGCAAGCACAAGCCCACAGUCGGUGAUCUCCUCAAGUGAUACUCAGGAAGAAUCUAAGCAGACCAUUGGAAAUAAGUUCCCAGUGAACAUGCUAGUCCAACUAGCUGCUAAUCAGGGUGGUGGAGUUGUUGGAAGCACGCUCAUGCUCACUGACCUGGCAGAUGUUCAUCAGUUUUUUCAGUUCCCAAGUCUUCGCACACCAACCAGUGUCAGUUGGUGCUAUCUAAAUUAUACCAAGCCGAAUUAUGCACAGACAACACCUCUGACCUCUGUGUAUGGUUCGUGGUGUGUCAGCUCUUACAACCCCAACCCGCUCAAUCUCAGCACUAAAGCCACCCUGGCACUUCUACGCUCCAAGCAGAGGAAGAACACGGAGAUGUACACAAUGGCUGCUAUGUAUCAACCUGGCACCGGAAAACUUGUUUCAUCCCUACGUUGGAAACAGAAGUUUGAGCAGAUAAAGCCAGAGCUCAUACAGUUAGAUGUUGGAAAGUUUGGGAAGAAAAUGAAGGGAGUUUGCUCAAGAGACAGGGCAAAAGAGGAACAUGGAGAGAAAGAAGUGCCUUCGAAACAGCUUGAACCCACUAGAAUCAAGAUCUUUGAAGGAGGGUACAAAUCCAAUGAGGACUAUGUUUAUGUGCGCGGCCGAGGCCGGGGAAAGUACAUCUGUGAAGAGUGCGGGAUCCGCUGCAAAAAACCAAGCAUGCUGAAGAAACAUAUUCGCACACACACAGAUGUAAGGCCGUACGUCUGCAAGUUCUGCAACUUCGCAUUUAAAACAAAAGGAAACCUUACAAAACACAUGAAGUCAAAAGCUCACAUGAAAAAGUGCUUAGAGCUUGGAGUGUCUGUGUCAUCGGUGGAUGAGGCCGAGGUUGAAGAACCAGACACCACUGAGGAGGUCCCAAGAACAUCUGAAAAGAUGACCGAGCACCAGUUCUCUGACGCCGAUGAAUCCGAGGGAGCUGAGGAGGACGGUGAUGAAGUUGAUGAAGAUGAGGAUGAUGACGACGAGUACGAUGGCGAUUCGACACCAAAGACACGGUCUCGAAGCACUAGCCCACAGCCAUGUACUAUCCCGUCUCUCUCCAUCACCGCCAUGGCUGCUUCACAAGAAUCCAAUGCCUCCAAGCAGCCUCUUUUCACUUACUUCACAAGUCUGCCCAGUAUUCAGAUCACCCAACUCAUGGCACCCAGCGAGAAAGCUGGGGAGGCCCAAAUGGCAGAAUACCAGAAGCUCCUUCAAGGCGCUCUGGGUGAAGAUCACAAAAACAGACUGGACGUGCCUAGUUCCAUGGAUGAGGACUUUGCUCUGUCUCCAGAACACAGCUCAUCCUCUUUUGAAUUCUCCCCCUCCCGCCUGUCUUCACCAGGCUGUGAUUCCUCCCCCCUCCGGGAAAGUUCACCUUCUUCCAGGAGGUACCUGUCUCCACGAAGGGACUCUCCACGCGGCCAUUUGUCACCAAGGCGAGAGGCAUCUCCACUUAGGCAUAUCUCCCCUAAGCGGGAUGUAUAUAGAAGAGAUCUGUCACCCAGGAGGGACCUUUCUCCUAGAGGGCAUCUCUCCCCCAUCUCACAGACGGGACGGCCAACAUCCCCAGGAAGGGAUCUCUCGGGAAGGCUCUCUCCCAGAAGCCGUCACAGGUGCAUGUUCAGACCUGUGUCCCCCAGGAGGGGUCUUCAUUAUCCAACUGGUUCAUGGGCACCCAGCCCCAGUCCACAUGCAGAGAUGAUAUCAUUAAGCCAGAAGACCAAGAGCAAUCCAGAAAUGGACCAGAGGGCUCGCAACACAGACGCCCCGAGCGUCAACCAGGGAUUAUUUAGCCACCUUCCGCUGCACUCCCAGCAACAAAUCCGCACGCCGUUCUCCAUGAUACCCAUCGGCGGGAUCCAGAUGGUCCACUCUGUGCCCAUUUCUGUCACGGGCAAUGCUCAUCCCGCCCGCCUUCCCCUCCAGAAAAGCACAUCGGAAGAAUCCACCACCAGCGAGGUGUCCUUCCACCUUCCCCAGGGGAGAGGAGCCGGCUGCAGAGGCCCAGAUAACCAACCCCAAGAAAAGUCUGUGCCCCCCAAAGCUCCGUCGCCUUGCCCUCAGAAGUCAAGGGGGGACAGCACGGACACGUCCGAUAAGGAAGGCAGGCAAGAAGAGUGCAUCCAAACGUGCACUAAGGCGAUCGCCUCUCUGUGCAUCGCCUCUGAGGAAACUCCUGACAAAUUGUCAGCUCCCAUCGAUCCGUUCCAUCAGCACGCAUUAUCUCACUCACCCGAGGCUCAGCCAGACAGUCCGCCGACUAGAAAGCAGCAGCAUAGCGGCUCGGAGAUCAGUCACCCCCAACACUCCAGAUCAGAGAACAGUAUGUCUACCACAUCACAGAAUCCCGCAGCAGGCCAUUCCACUCUCUACAAUACAGAAGCGGCAGAAAGAGCGUCCGGCCGCGGAGAGAGGCCAGUGACCAUAAAGAAAGGCAAAGACUCUAUGAACAACAGGUGAAUGCGGUCGAAGAGAGAGAGUGACGAAUUACGCACGUUUUGAACUGAUUGGAUAUUCGGUGGAUUCGAUGUACAUGUAUAGCAUGCCUUUUAUAACACGGUUUGCUAUCUCAACUAUAAUAACUUUCUUAUUUAAAGUUUUAAAGAAUAUACAUAUAUGUUAACUUAUAUAUGAGCCUGACCAAAAUUGCUUAUGGACUUUGUCUGGUACUUUGAAAUGUACAGAUGUGCGUGCCUUUUCUUUACUUUUAGCUUAUAUUCUUAUAAGCAUUCAACGGGGAGGAUGUGUAAAUAUAUCACGUUUUGUGUAUUGGCUUUGUAAGAAAUGCGAUUGACCGUCUUUUUUUUGGACACUCGAGUCUGAACGAUGUGAAGUAUCAAUACAUGUACGGUUGCACUAAAACAUAUUUUUAUAUGAGUGAAAUGAAAUGGCUUUUGUGUACAGCAGCGAUUCUAUAAUACUAUUUAUUGUAUCAUGUUUCAUAAAUUGUACAUUUUUCUUAAUGUCGUGGAUGCCUUUUCUAUGUAAAGCAUGGGUUUUGCUAUUGCAUAAUUAGAGCAAAAAUUAUGUACAUGUAAUAUGGCUUUAUAUAUAUAUAUAUAUAUAUUAGAAGUAUGUGUGCAUAUACUUCUCUCGCUUUACCUAGACUUCUAUGUAAUUUAAGUAAAUGUUUAUAUACCUAGUAUAUAGAAAAACAAUAUAUCUGCACAUAUGGUUUAGAUUGACACCCUCAUACAGUAUGGUAGUCGGUUCUACGUGCUUGUGCCCCUCUCUUUCCUAUUGGCUGGUAGGCUACACUAGUUUUGUUUCAUCGUUCACAUUUUAAAUGUCGAACUGUUAAGCAUUAAGUGAAUCAACUUUCGCACUUCUGCAUUUCCUCCAGAGCUUACUGAGGUUGAUGUAAAAGGUAUUUUGAUCUUCUGUGAAUUGUCGCUUGAAGUACUUGACUCGUGGAUUAAUAUGGGGAACAUUCCAACAGAUGUAAAUAUUGGAUGCCUACGGUUCUGUAUGCUCACAGCCAUACAUAUUCAUGAAUUGAAGGAGUUUGUCACGGGCCACGUCAUCAGUCCACAAACACUUUUUGUUUGUUUUAUUGUACAUGAAUAAACUCCAAUACUGAGAACUCCUAAAAUGCACCUUAUGUUUCCUAAACCUUUGCAAAAAUCCCAAAUUAUAUCACUUUUUAAAACUGGGAUUGAAAAUAUGUUUUUUGUUUUGAGUUGAAGCAACCUAACUGAACUGGACUAUGGAGCCAGUGCACUCUUAUGUGUAUAUCUGUAUUUUGUAUUGUGAUCUAUGUAAUUUACUCCUUGACAUUUUUUGUCAGUAGUCCCUGCUAUUCACUUAACUGUAUUAACUUGUCUUUAAAACCUAAGGUAUCAAAAGCACAAAUCAUUGUAUUGAAAGAAACAAAAAAAGGCAUAAAAGACAAACUUAAUGAAAAAAUAAAGGGUAACUUUGUGAUGUUCUGUGGAAAAACAAUAAUAUGUACAAUCUCGGGUUUGAGAAUGAAUUACAGCACAGGUUAAAAAAUACAGAUUGCUGUUUUCAAAUAAAUACAACUAUGGUAA